GUUCACGAGCAUCCGCUCUGCGCAGCUGCUACACAGUCCUUCCACGCAGCUACAGGAGAGUGUUAUUUUCACCACAGACUGGAAGAAUUUUUGAUAAGAAGAGUAAAAUCGCUUUAUUUAUGAUACUGUAACGUUUGUCGAGGCGGAUACGCAGAAGCUGCACUGCGCAACAGCGGCGCUUAGUUGACACACUUGAGUCCUAGCCGGCAUGAGCCGGAAGUGUUCUGACGAACUACCCCCGGAGGAGGGGAUGGAGGUGGACUGUACGCCGGAGGACCUGUCGAAGUGUUCGUAUGAGGAGCGCUGUGUGGAGCUGGGGGAGGUGAAGGACAUGAGGCUGGAGGCCGAGGCGGUGGUCAAUGAUGUGCUGUUCGCGGUCACAGACAUGCACGUCUCUCACAGUCUCUCCAGCGGACUGGACGUGGCCUACAUAAACGUGGAGACCAGAGAGGGACAGCGAUACUGCUUAGAGCUCACCGAGGCAGGGCUGAGGGUGGUGGGACACGGCUUCGAUCAGGUGGAUGAGGGGUUGAGCUCCCAGUAUCAUGAGACUGUUUACUCACUGCUGGACUCUCUCAGCCCCGGAUACAGAGAAGCGUUUGGAAAUGCUCUGCUGCAGAGACUGGAGAGGCUCAAACAGAACGGACAGUGAGGGCUUCAGUAUCAUUCAGAAUAUCUUUGCUCGCUAACAGUUCAUCCAAGUCCUGUGCCGCUCUCAGCUUAAAGCAUCAGUGCUACCUUUUCCAGUUUUUAGCCUGUGGUAUGUUUUAACAGAUCUUGGUGUUGAUUUGACAAACUGACUCGCCUGUGAUGUUUUAAAGUAUUUUACUAUUAUUUGGAGAGGUAUCAUUGCUAUGAAUACUUAUUUUGCAAAUGAAAUAGCUGUUUUGAGGACUAUGGGGAAAUGUUUGAACUAAAGUCUUUUGUGUUAACACUAGUGCUCUGAUUUUGGAUGAACUGGGUCCUGCGGAAUAGAGCUCCAUACUGUACUCCCAUCAACUGUACAGCAUGGCUCUUUAAAGUAUUAACAUUAAAAACAUCAGAUGCCUUACUACUUUCAUUCAAAUUUCAAACAAUUCGGUUUUCUUUUGUUUAAUUUCAGUUAAUCCUGUCCACAAGAUCGUUAUUUAGCGAUCGUGUUGCAUUCAGUAUCUUCUCUUCCUUUUGUUUGCUACAGAUCAUUUCCCUUUUUACAUUACAUAACAGCAGCAUGUUUGUUUGAUUGUCAAUGCUCGACUUAUUGUUGUAAAGAAAAAUACAUUUAUUAUGGUUAAUGAUAGUGCAAUAUCGGCAACAGCAAGCAUAUCAUGUAAUAUGUAUUGUCCAUUGUUGGUGUUUUUAAAAUAUUGUUUUAAAUAAUGAUUUUAAUAGAUUUUGUUUUUUCAGGAAGAAAGAUUUUAUGUAGAAUGAAUCAGUGAUUGACUGGUCAAAACAAAAUGCUUGAUCUUGCACAGAAUUGCACUAAAUGAGAUAAAGCAGCCAUUCUCUGACUUUGUUUGAAGGGCUGCAUAAAAAUAUGCUACAAAGCUACAUUCAGUUUAGAACAGAAGGAAGAGAUUCAUUUAAAUAAAUGCAUAAAGGCAGUUGUGGUAUGUUGGGUUUCUACCUCAUGUUGGGUUUUUAUUUUGACCUGUGAAACUGAUGUGUUUCCAGCUGGUUUGGGAUAAGGCAGGUGAUAAUAGGGUCACUGAACAGAAUUGGUCCUCUGGUUUUAGCAAAUUCCUGUGAAACACAAUACCCUCCAUAUCAGUCCCAAAAAAAAAUCCUAAUAAUUUACAGAAUGUUUGCUUAGAUAACCAAGAUGGAAAAUGAGUAAGAGAGUGUUUUAAUGAUGUACUGUACAUGGCACAAAUAACUUCUGUUCCUGGGGGAAUGUUGCUUGCUUUUGUUUCCUUGUAAUAAAAAGCACACAUUCAAACGUUA